AAAUAACACAGUAGAGGGUGCAGUCUUAGUACGAACCGCAGGCCCCCCCAAUCCCCAUUCGUUUCAAUUUCAAUGGCCUCGUUCACACAACCUGCGUUCUCUUCUCUCGUUCCCAUCAACAAGAAGAAAACAACAGUCUCAUUCUCUGCGCAUCCGAAGAAGAACUUCUCAACUUUCAAAACCUCCAAAAUCUCAUCCUCCGAUUCCGAACCUCCCCUUUCUCUGGAAAAUUCCCCGGAAUCCAAACCCAAUGGAGAAAUUGACCGUGUUAAGCUCGCAUUUGCCAAAGCUAAAGCGUACAAGAAAAACAAGCUGACUUCAAACCCUGUUCUCGAGCCUCCUCGUGAACCAUAUGAUGCCAAAGCUACUGAAAUUAGUGGCGAUGCUCCGGUUAAGCCCGCGCUGGAACCGGGGAAGGAGUAUGGGACAACUAACAGUCUUUCAUAUGCAGUUGAAAAUUCUGGCGUGGACUGUGGUCAAUUGAACGAAAAGGAUGAAGAGGUUUCUUCAGUGGUUAAACGUGCUAUGGAGAGAGCAAAAGAGUAUAAGAGGAAUAAAGGUUUUGUGGGUAAUGCUUCUGGGAGAGUUGGAGAAACUGAAGCGACUACGGCUUCAGGGCUUAUAAGAGGGGCUGAGAGUCCCGGAAACAUGCGGUCGACCAAGAUUUCUGGUAAGAAGGAAGGCUUGACAGUUUCGAGUAUUGAUUUCAUGGGGCUUGACUUCUCAGAUAAGAAGAGUGGUAGAGGAUUGCCAGCUGGUUUGGUUCCACAGCCAGACAUUUUUCCAGAAGGGGAUUUUCCUGAAGUGGAGAUACUUGUUGGAGAUAUGACAAGGUUUAAUAAUGAUACAUUAUCAGCACAAGCACAAAUCCCCGUUCAAGAAAAUGGCGCUGAUGUCUAUAAGCCUAAGGUUUCCACUUGGGGACUUUUUCCAAGACCAAGCAACAUUUCAAAAACAGUUAAGAUCUCUUAUGAUGUGAAUCGGAUUUAUAUCAUCUUAAUGGAACUUUUAGUGUUUGGUGGUGGAAGGAAUAUACAACCUGGGGAAGCACUCGAAACGACAGAAGAGAGAGCUGCCAAAGAAGCACAUACAAAGCAGUUGGUAGCUUCCUACAAGAGAAAAAUUGGUCAAAACAUGGAUCCAAAGCUAAAAUCUGAAUGUGAGAAGGCAUUGACAGACGGUGACUCGUUGAUGGACCUCGGUCAACUGAAGGAGGCAUUGCCCUUUUAUGAAAAAGUCAUGGAGAAAUUAGCUUUCCAGAGUGAACUUCAUGGGUUAGCAGCUCUUCAGUGGUCUAUAUGUCUGGACUCAUUAAGCAGAUCCAAUGAGGCGCGCAUGAUGUAUGAGAAACUUCAAUCUCACCCCAGUCCGAAAGUGAGCAAGAAGGCUAAACAAUUCGUAUUUGGCUUCCAGGCAAUGGAAAUGAUGAAGGUCAACACCUCGCCCAGUUCUGCUCUCAACACUGAUUAUCAAAACUAUUUUGAUGCAUUUGUGCAAAACAAGAAAAAUUAUCCAUCAAACGAGGCUGAAUCUAAUGGAGGUGGAUUGAAUGAAGCCUUGCCAUAUAUUAUUUUUCUGAUAUCUCCAAUUUUUGUGGUGUUCCUAAUUGCAGCUUUUAAGUUCGGAUAGAACACUUUCCAUUUCCAUUUUGGAAGUGUAAAUAGGUCAUAAAUAUUUUUUCAUUUUAGGGAAGAAGUACCAAUGCCUGUAUAGUUUUUUCCAACACCAUGCUAUUUUUUCUUAUAUUACAUCAUUUCACUCGUAAUAUUAUUUGUAACGGCCUACUUUGAUUUUAAGGAAAUUCCGG